CACAUCACAUUUCCCUGUGCACACUUUACUUUCCAGGUUAUCUAUAAUUCACACUUUCCUUUGCUAUCGUCCAUUCACCUUUCCACUCUGCAAGAUGGCCGUCUCACGCCCUCUUCCCCCUGCUCUCACAUUUCACCCCCUCUUUCUCCCUGUCACUUAAGGGCCCUGUGUAGCAGUCAGGGUUCUCCAGAGAAACGGAACAAAUAGCAUGUGGAAUGGGGGGAGGGAAGGAGAUGGCGGAUAUAGAGCUAGAGAUCAACAGAGAGAGAUGAGAGAGAGACUGUUUUCUUUUAAGGAACUGAUUGGCUUGCAAGUCUAAAAUCUGCAGGGCAGGCUGCAGAUCCAGAAAGCCGAGGCUGCAGCAAGUCAGAAGGCACGCCGCAGGGCUAAUUCCUUCCUCAGGAGACCGCAGUCUUUGCUCUUACCGCCUUCGACAGAUUGGAUGAAGCCCGCCCACGCUAUGGAGGGUAACCCGCUGCAUUCAAAGUCUACAGAUUUAUCUAUUAAUCACAUCUAAAAAACAGCCUCACAGAAACAGCCAGACUGGUGUUUCAGCAAAAACUGAGUACCACAGCUAGCCAAGUUGGCUCAUAAAAUAAAACGUCACACUCGCUCCUUAUUUUACUGGAGUGUUGGCAAAGUUGGAAGAAGCCUGCCCCAGGCUCUCCCUGCCCAGAUCCUGUGGACCCGCAGCCUUCCCUGCCCUCUGGCUCCCCGUGGGCCCUGGGCGCCAGCCCUCCCUCCUCCAGGCGAUGCACUGCAAUUUCUCCCAUCUUUAAGAUGAAACCGUUUUCCUCCACAGGGCUGUGUCCACUCUGUCAUCUCCCUUCUCCAGAAAGUGCCCUAGCCCAGGAGCUCCACUGUCUGCUUUGCUCGGGGCCUCUCUGCCAGAUUCAAUGGGCAGUGUUCUUUGCUCAUCGGAUUUGAUCCUGGGGCGGGAUUCAUCCCCCUGACCUCUUUCUCUCCUUGAAACACAGGUGCUCACUUGGAUUCCAGGGCUCCACACCUGCAAUUUUCCUUUUAUCUCAAGGCAGCAGCAGCUCUCCCUACCCCCUUUUCUUGCCCUCAUCCUCCCUCACUUUACUCCUCCUACUUCCCCUUCUCUCCUUUCUCCUCCACUAACCCCUUGGGCUCCCACGGUCCAGGGCUGGCAUUUCGCAGGGUCUGCCCUCCCUGGGGCUGCUUCUCAAAACACACUCAACCCUCUCAAGUCCCAACUCCUGCUACAUAUGGUGACUCCAGAUUUCCACCUCCAGCCACAGCUUUCUAUCCCAGAGGGUCAUCCCCACUUGUCUCCUGGGCAUCUGAAAACCAGCAAGUCCCAAAUCCACCAAUUCAACCCCAAACCCAACCCCUUCCUGGAAACCUACUUCCUUGCAUCUGCCAUCUCUAGAGGGCCUGUUCAGUCACCCAGUUUCAGCCCCAGUCACAGCCAUUCCUCACUCCUCUAACACAGGCAGCAUGCCUUCAACACAGAGCCUGGAUUGGGCCUACUGUUCACCAGCUGUGCCUCCACCAGUCAACUCCAGGAAGCGAGCAUCUCCUGCCUAGAUCUCUACAGUGAUUCCUAACAGGGACUCUGCUUCAUCUGUUCCGCACAGUGAUCUUGAUAAAAUCAAGAUUCCGUUAGGCCACACUCCUACUUGAAACCCUCUAAUGACUGUAAAAUCCGGUGACCUGGUUCCAGCCUCACCAUUCUCGCACUAUUCCUCUGCCCAGCUGAGCAAGCAUACGCUGUUUCCUCUGCUGGAAUACUCUUCCCACACACCUCUGCUCGGGGCCCCUCACCUGCUCUCCACUCAAACACUCCUGACAGAGGCCCUACCUGAACAUCCCCAGCACACUCUUCCCCACCAUGUUGUAUUUCUUUCAUGACACCUAUCACCAAUGGCGUUACAUUGCAGAAUCGCUGAUUUAUUAUUUGAUUCCCCUCCCAACUCCUUGGAUCGUUCUUCUAUGGUCUCCCCAUGGAUGGAAUAAUCAUUGGCACAUAGCAAACAUCUCAUAAAAACAGAUACAAUUGGCAAUAUUAUAUUCAUACAAAUUGAAUACACGCACACACUGGGCACGAUGAUGGUGCAGUCCUUGAGCAGGAUUUACAGGCCGGGUCCUCUUCCCGAUGCUUCACCCGUGGUAUCUGAUACAACCCCACUUCGUCCAGAGGCGAAUACCUUCCCCACGGGCUCCUGUGCCCCACCCAGCUCUAUACCAUCCCUCUCUUCUCGUUCACCAGCCACCUUGCUUUGCACCACUCCCCCUUAGGGCCUCUGCUGUCAAGGUGGUCUCCAUGUGUCAAACAGGGACUCUGAUCAACUACUUCAUCUCAAAUACCACCUUCACAGUAAGGCCUGCCUGCCCUCCUCUUUAAUACCAUGACUGUUACCAGCCCCUCCCCAACACUCCUGACUUCCUGAUGCCUCUCCACUUUCCUUUUUUUCUGUAGCACAGGUCAAAGAGAGCAGGUCAUGUUACUGAUUUUGCUUCCUCCAAUAGCCAGUUGUGUUCACAGAUGUACCUGAGCACCUGGAAGGCUGGCUGCCUAGCACUCAUAAAUGCACAGUAGGUACUCGGUAUAGGUUUGCUGAAUGACUGAAUCUUUGAUCCCGCACAACCAUCAAAUGAGGUAGACAGCAUCAUCCCUGUUUUCUGGAUGAGGAAACUGAGGUACAGAAAGGUUAUGUAGGCCUGAGGUCACCUGGCUAGGAAUUGAUGGGGCGGGAUUUAAUCCAGGUGCCUGACUCCCGAACUUUGACUCUUAAGCCCUGUUUUGAGCUAAAUGCAGCAGCAGCAUAAACAGCCCGUUUUGUGCCUCAAAAGGUGAACAGUGAGAGGCACAGCUGGGCAGGGACGUGUCAGGUCAGGGGAAGAAACUGAAUUGGGUGGUGGGGAUUAACUGGAUGCUGUCUGCCAGCAAUUUCUGCCUCCUGCAUUUUAUCUGCUUUAGGGUUGCAAGGGGCAGAGCUAUGAACACGGAUGCCCACUCAACAGCCAGUUCCUGGGCCAAUCACAGGGUUGGGAGCUGUGGCACCAGGGCUCUGGAACCCCACAGACUAGGACGUUUGCCAAAGCACCUAAGCCCUACCAGCCUUUGAUGACCCCUGGGUUCCUCCCAGUUCCUCUCCUCCACGUCACGGUUCCUGGCUGGUGUUCCUGAGAGUGGGCUGUACACGAGUUCUGUAAAUGCCAGUCCAGUUAAGACAAAGGGGGUGGCUCCCACUUGUACCUGUAGGCUCCAGCUAAGAUCUGUGUUGCCUUGCCCGGCAUCUGGCUGUUAUCUGUGAAACAAUCACUGUUCACAAACAAGGGCUUCACUCCUUCGCUUGCUCCAUCUCCUGCUAAAGUCAGAAUGUGAACACUGACAAACAGCGGCUCCCAGUAACUCUGCUAGUCAGAAGUGAUUAUUCCAGCAGUUCAGAGGAGGAAGUGGCCGUGCCCAGGGCCACGGGAUUAGAAUAGCAAUGGAGCUAAAGGAUCCUGUGCCUCAGUCCAACCAGCUUGUUCCCGCUUACUCAGCUGGGCCACUUUCUUUGGAGAAACAUUUCCUUCUGCUUGCCCUUGAAAGGGGAUCCGAAGGAAAUCGGAGCUACCGGUAGUAGCUACCCUCCGGAAGAUGGAGAAUCUUCUCCACCUUCUCCUCUGCGUAGGAGAAUCCAAUUUCGGUGCAAAGCAGAUGGAGAAGGGGCCAUGGGAAUCAGGCCUGCUCAGGGACCGGGUUCGCACUUUCUCUCAAGCUCUGGACCCUGAAAAAUGAGCAUUCCCCGGGGACGACCCAUGCGCCUCCAUUUGCCCCCGAGCCGAGCCGUGGCUUUCCGGAUGGUCGGGAGACGCGGUCUGGACGGGCCGGGAAAGCAGCCGGGCGCCUGCGGAGACCCCGCCUCAGCGAGUACGCCCGGCCGGGCGGGCUGGGAGGAUGAGGACGGCUGCCCUGGACUUCCGCCGCCACAGGAGGGCUUUCGGCCGGACGCCGGGAGGGAGCUCCAGGCUGUGAGCUCCAUUUGUAAAGGUCUUAAGGACAAGAACAGCGACUUCGGCUCCAGAGCUUCAAGAUAGUGGCCUGCCUGGCCUGCCCAUCUUGGGUCUCUCCAGGAGGACCCAGCCACUCAAGGGUCGUCUUCUGCUGCUGACCCCCAUCAAAUCCCAUCAUGCCCACAGCCCUGUGCCCCCGAGUCUUGGCUCCGAAGGAGAGUGAGGAGCCCAGGAAAAUGAGGAGCCCACCUGGAGAGAACCCUAGCCCCCAGGGGGAGCUUCCCAGUCCCGAGUCCUCUCGGCGCCUCUUCCGCCGUUUCCGCUACCAGGAGGCGGCGGGCCCCCGGGAGGCCCUGCAGCGCCUCUGGGACCUGUGCCGGGGCUGGCUGCGGCCUGAGAGGCACACCAAGGAGCAGAUUCUGGAGCUGCUGGUGCUGGAGCAGUUCCUGGCCAUCCUUCCCCGGGAGAUCCAGAGCUGGGUGCGGGCACAGGAGCCUGAGAGCGGAGAGCAGGCUGUGGCCGCGGUGGAGGCACUGGAACGGGAGCCUGGGAGACCCUGGCAGUGGCUCAAGCACUGUGAAGACCCCGUGGUGAUUGAUGAUGGGGACAGCCCUCUGGACCAGGAGCAGGAGCAGCUGCCAGUAGAGCCCCACAGCAACCUUGCAAAGAGCCAAGAUGCCCAGCCCAUAGGCCUGGCACAGUGCCUGGGGCUCCCAAGCAGACCACCAGGCCAGCUCAGCGGGGACCCAGUUCUGCAAGAUGCUUUCCUUCUUCAGGAAGAGAAUGUGCGGGACACACAGCAGGUGACCACCCUCCAGCUACCCCCGAGAAUUUUUCAAUUUAAUAAUCAUCGCAGCAAUGGUUAUAUUUUAGAAAUGUUAGGAAGUGGAGGGAAGAAAGCACAGAUAAUUUCAGUCCUGUCACAGAUCUACGUGAAUCGGGUUUCUCCAUUCAAGGACAUGAUUUUAUGCUUCUCUGAAGAGGAUUGGUCCCUUCUAGAUCCUGCCCAGACUGGCUUCUAUGGAGAGUUCAUCAUUGGGGAGGAUUACGGAGUCUCAGUACCUCCAAACGACCUAGCUGCCCAGCCAGAUCUCUCCCAGGGAGGGGAAAAUGAGCCACGCGUUCCAGAGUUGCAGGAUCUCCAGGGCAAAGAAGUGCCCCAGGUCUCCUACUUGGACUCUCCAAGUCUCCAGCCAUUCCAGGUAGAAGAAAGAAGGAAACGUGAGGAGCUGCAGGUGCCAGAGUUCCAGGCCUGCCCACAGACGGUGGUGCCUCAAAACACCUACCCAGCUGGCAGCAACCCGCGAUCUCUAGAGAACAGCCUGGACGAAGAAGUGACCAUCGAGAUUGUUCUGUCCAGCUCUGGGGACGAGGACUCCCAGCACGGUCCGUACUGCACAGAAGAGCUGGGGAGCCCCACAGAGAAGCAGCACAGCCUCCCCGCCUCCCACCGGAGCAGCGCCGAGGGUGGGGGCGAGGUGCAGACCUCCAAGAAGUCCUACGUGUGUCCGAACUGUGGGAAAAUCUUCCGCUGGAGGGUCAACUUCAUCCGGCACCUGCGGAGCCGCAGGGAGCAGGAGAAGCCGCACGAGUGCUCGGUGUGCGGGGAGCUGUUCAGUGACAGUGAGGACCUGGAUGGGCACCUAGAGAGCCACGAGGCCCAGAAGCCUUACCGGUGUGGUGCCUGCGGGAAGAGUUUCCGCCUCAACUCCCACCUGCUCUCCCACCGGCGGAUACACCUGCAGCCGGACAGACUCCAGCCGGUGGAGAAGAGACAGCAGGAGGCAUCCGAGGACGCAGACAAGGGUCCCAAAGAGCCGCUGGAAAACGGCAAGGCCAAACUGAGCUUCCAGUGCUGUGACUGUGGGAAGGCCUUCCAGCGGCACGACCACCUGGCUCGGCACCGCAGCCACUUCCACCUGAAGGACAAAGCCCGGCCCUUCCAGUGCCGGUACUGCGUCAAGAGCUUCACGCAGAACUAUGACCUCCUCCGCCACGAGCGCCUGCACAUGAAGCGCCGUUCCAAGCAGGCUCUGAACUCCUACUGAGCCUCCCCGCCUGGGGCGGCCUCACCCUGGCUGGUGCUGCCCCCUCACCUUGGUACUGAUCAGCGCCUCCACCCAGGACGCACCUUCCCCAGCAUAGAGUGCACACCUCCCUCCUGUCCUUGCUCUCAGGUAGCGUUCGGGUGGUGCCAUGGGAGCACUCUCCCUCCCCCAGGUAAUGAAAGAGUGGCCAAGUGAGUGUUCUCUUUCUGCUGUGCCAAAAAAAACGGGGGAAUGUGCCACCACCAGGUUGGACAUGCCAGGUGUUCUGCGUCUUAGAGACCCUUGACCCAUGCUCCCCAAGCUCGGGGAGUAAAACUGGGCUAUCCCCCGUCAGGGCGGCACCCUGGUCACCAGCCAAACCUCAGUAUACUCCCUCCCUUCCUUCCCUGUCUGAACGCUAGGAUCUGCUCCUGAAGCUCCAGGGUGCCUGCGCUUCCACUGAGAAGCUGCUGGCGGGUACUGGACUGGAGGAAAGAAGAAGGCAGGGUGGGACUGAUGGGCUCAGUGGGGAGCAGGGCCAGCCACACUGAGACAGACAUGUCAUGUCUGAGCCCCAGAUUCGUGGCCAUCAGGCAGGAGCACCCCGCAGAUCCAAGAUGAUCAGGCAGCCCUUUUGGGCUGGCAUCUGUGGCAGGGGUCUGCAGAGCUCCUUCUUGAGGUUUGGAAACAGUCAUCAUACCUGUUGAUUUUCCUGGGGGCCAGUUACUAGGGAUCUGGAGCUCACCAAGAACAAAGCUUACAUUUUAAUUUGUGUUGUACACCCACCCCAUAAUGUCUUUAUACCCCAAAGAUCCUUGGUAAAUGCUUGUGGGUUGGAAGCUGAGUUGUCAUCGUUUAAAAGGCACCUAAGUCCCUUCUUCCAAUCUGUCCUAUCUAGGAAUGUGGAGCUCUGCCUCCAGUGAGGGGUUCUCCUGUCUGGGUGAGCCAAGCUCCAGAACAGAACCUUCCCUGACAUCACACUUUAUAUAUACAUUAGCUUGGGGUGCUGGUGUGUCCAUUUUCUAGGUCUGUUGUAACGAAGUACCAAACACUGGCUGGCUUAGAUCAACAGGAGUGUAUUCCCUGACAGUUCUGGGAGCUGCAUGUCCAAGAUCAGGGUGUCCUCAGAGUUGGUGCCUUCCGAGAGCUGUGAGGGAGAAGCGGCUUCGUGCCUUUGCUGGCAGUUGCCAUUCCUUGGUGUGUGGAAGCGUCACCCAGUCUCUGCCUUCAUCUCCACCUGGCACUCUUGGUGUGUGCGUGUCUGUCUCCAAACCUCCCUUUGUUUAAGGACACCAGUCAUAUCGGAUUAGAGCCCAUCCCACCGCCUCCAGUAUAACCUCAUCUGUAUCCGCAGCAACUGUUUACCAAUAAGGUCACAUUCUGAGGUACUAGAGGUUGGAACUUCAACAUUGGAAUUUGAAAGGGACAGCAUUCAGCCCACAACUCCAGAUAAACGUGAGGUAUGCUGUCAUUCCUAAUUUACAGAUGAGUCAGUAGAAACUUGAGUGAGCUUGCUCACAAUUCCAUCAAAGGCAGGGUUCAGACCCAAGUUUCAGCAUUCAGGGCAGGUGUCCUCUGCAUGGAAGAAUCUUAAUAGCCCUAAACGCUGACAAAUUCCCCUCCCUCCCUGAUGGGGGCUGGGCAGGCCAGCUGGAGCUGUGUCUCCUGCUGGGAUUCUGGACUGACAGUGACAGUAGGUAGUGAAACCUCAAGCAAUUUAAAACAUGGUGUUGUUCCUGGAAGACUAGUUAUGUGGGCUAGGGUCAGCAAGAGAGGGCAUCAAGGCGGUAGUCUAGCAGUGACUUAAUCUGCAAGUCAAACCAGAUGGGUAUUUUGUAUUAUUCAUAUGUCACACCCUACCAACAGACAGUAAGCCAGGCAAAGCUCCUGGUGCUCCUUGUCACUCACGUAAUUUUCACAUCAAGAAAACCCUGGGCUGGGCGCAGUGGCUCACACCUGUAAUCCCAGCACUUUGGGAAGCCGAGGUGGGUGGAUCGCCUAGCUCGGUGACACCAGCCUGGGCCACAUGGCAAAACCCCGUCUCUACCAAAAAUACAAAAAAUUAGCUGGGUGUGGUGUUGCACGUUUGUGGUCCCAGCUACUCUGGAGGCUGAGGUGGGAGGAUUGCUUGAGUCUGGGAGGCAGAAGUUGCAGUAAGCCGAGACUGCGCCACUGCACAAGCUAGGUGACAGAAUGAGACUCUCUCAAAAAUAAUUAAAAAGCCUCUGCCCCAACCUCGUUAAAAGAUUUUAUAACCACAACUACUGUUUCUGUGUAGAUGCAUCUGCAUGCCCAGGAGCAGUAAAUGCAAUAAAAUCAUUUGGUUAUACUUUGAACACAAAAUAAACGGUUGAGGCUUUUACUUUCUAAAUAGUUUGUCUCUUGUAUCAACAUAUCUGGAAAAGGGAGAAAUCCAAUUUUUAAGGCCAAGGGAGGGGAAAAUUGCAAGCAGAAGCCGGGCUCUCUGUGCACGUUUACCCCACCUACCUGUGUGCUCCUGCCUGUCCUGAGGAUUCUCUCCAUCGCUCUGAGGGCUUGGGAAGGUUAUUCGCCUUCCUGCUUCAGACGUCUGACUCAGAGAAGAACACUGUUCUGCUUACCAGAGUGUUUCUGUGUAAAACCACAUCAUGAAGGAGAAAGCGACAGAGGGAAUGUGAGGGGACUAGAAGCCACAGGGAGGCUGUCUCGAGUCCCCGCCACCGAUCCAGAGCCAACCAGGGCACCUCAGGAAAUGGAAGGCCACAUUGCCUCUGGAUUUGGAAAUCCUCCUGGGUAAUGUAACUGAAAGCCAGGUUGAUGCCAUGCAGUAGGUGCAGCAGGGGGAACCUGCCAACCCUCCAGCCCAACACCCUUCACCACAGUGGUGGAGGAGGCUGCACCCAGGAGAUCUGUGUCUCCCUUUUGGCCACUGAUACCUUUGGCCUUAUCUGACAACAGCUACCCCUCAGUCCUUCCCUCCCACCCCAGGGGCUGGGCAGCUGGCUGGAGCUUUGUGUCCAUCUUGCUCUGGAGGUUGAGACCCCCAUCUGAGCAGCAUCCUCCCUCUUCAUUCCUCUGAUCCCUUGGCAUUGCCACAAACCCACAGGUGCAUAAUAAACGCUUGCUGAGUCAA